AUGUCUGACUACGUACAGCGCGAAAGAUCUCGUUCGCCUCGUCGUCGUUCUUCUCGCAGUCCCCGCCGUGCCCGUCGUUCGUAUUCGCCGCGCAGCCGUUCUCGCAGCCGUGGUGACCGUGGUGACCGUGACGAAUACCGUCGCCCUGAUCGUCGUUCCCCCGAACGUCGCUCUCGCUCCCCAUUGAGCAACUCCGGUGCUGCUGGACCGUCGGGCUCGCCUUACGGUGGACGCAGUGGUUAUCCGCCUGCCAGAUUUGAGGAUCGCACCGUCGCCAAAGAGAACAUGAUGCAAACCGUUCGCGACUCGUCGCAGCAAGACCGUCGGGUCUAUGUGGGCAACCUUUCCUACGAUGUCAAGUGGCAUCACCUUAAAGAUUUUAUGAGACAGGGUGAGCAGGGCCGUUGCAAUUGGGGGUGA